UAAGCCCUUUGAAGCUCUUAACAAAGGGGUUUCUGAAAAGUUCAGUCAUCAGGACCAGAGGAAAGCUCACAGACAACUACGAGCUGCCGGGAAUGGGCUGCCAGGGGAAACGCUGAACUCGGGAAGCCCCGAGAAAGAAGCUGCAGUCUGCCUGGGAUCGACUUUAAUUAUGGACUCUACAUCCGGGGGCUGGAUGGAGGCGUCCCCGAAGCCAUCGGACACUGGAACGUGUUUAAGCAGCAGCCCACCUGCCCCCAUGAGCUGACCCGGAACUACAUAGCCAUGAACCGUGGGGCGGUGAAAGCCGGCCUGGUAACUGCUCGGGAGAAUUUCCUCUAUCGUCAGCUCAACGACAUGCGUAUCAGUGACCAGGAUGACCGGCACGUCAAGAAGGAACUGCUGCCCUCUCUUCCACCAAAUAUGACGUUUGGGAUCCGGGCACGGCCUUCCACCCCUUUCUUUGACCUACUGCAGCACCGCUACCAGGAGCUUUGGGUGCAGGAACAGAAGGCCACCCAGAAAGCCAUUAAGCUGGAGAAGAAGCACAAGGUGAUCCUGGGGAAGCUGUAUGAGACCCGGAGCAGUCAGCUGAGAAAGUACAAGCCACCAGUGAAGCUGGAUGCCCUCUGGCAUAUGCCUCAUUUCCAGAAGGUGUGUCCGCAUCUCGAUACCUUCCCCACUGAGGCUGAUCGCCAGAGAGCAUUCAAAGCCCGCCAGGAGGAGCAUGCGGUGCGCCAGGGGACCCUGCGGAUGGGCAACUACACCCACCCCUAAAGCCUUCUCAACACAGUAGAAAAUUCUCCAAGGACUCACUUUUCUUGCCCCAGCUCACGUUAGACACUCCCCUAAUUUUAUGCAGGUUUUGCUUUGGCAAGGACCUCAAUUCGGGUCUUUGAUUCUUUUUGGUACGAGUCCCCCCGCCCCGUCCCUUUUUAGAUUAACCAAUACUAACUUACCUUAGCCCCAGCAACCCUCUACGUAGGGAUUCUCCCUCCUGCAGGAGGCCACCCACCCUUGGUUCUCAAGCCCUCACCUGGUAAGACAAACCCAAAUCACUAGGCAGUGCUUAGACUCCAGGCUAAGGGUAGAUUCCAAAGCUCUGCCCAUGGAGUGUGAACAACCUGUGUGUUUCCUGCAGAAAGCAUGACAGCAACGUGCUGUAAAAACCCUUGUUUUAUAUUCCAAACACCAGUUUAAUUGUGAGUUGGGCAUGACUGUUGUUUCACCAUGCCGGAGGACCCCACGCUCGGGGCUCAGGGCCUACCCCCACCUCCUCCACUCACUCAGGCUGGCCAACAUGGGCUUCUCCACCCAAACAGACCUUGGGAGGGUGACCCCACAGGAGAGAGCCUUCCGGGUGAGUGGGUCGGGGGAUGAUACACAGGCUGAGAACCUCACCGGCCAAACUCCUGGGUGCUCCCUACCUCAGUCGUUCUGCACGUUCUUGCCUUCUCCCCGCA